AUGGAACUGGAUCCAUCAACUGUGACUCAGUCAGACUUGGAUAACUACUUUAUGAAAACCGCAUUAUGGCCGGCGAUUGUGUACACUACAAUCUUAAUGAUUGUAGGGACAGUUGGAAACAUUUUAGUUCUCUACGUGUACCGACGCCAUUUUCAGCGAAGUGUGACCCGGAUGUUUAUCUACGCCUUGGCCGUCCUUGACCUCGGGAAUUGCUUGAUCACCAUGCCGGCAGAGUUGUCUAUCCUGAUUCAGUUUACUACAUUUCCGUCGCCGGUCUGGUGCAAGGUCAGCAGGUAUCUCACUUACACCUUCAAUGGGACAAGUUCAAUUGUUCUCAUCACAAUUGCCAUGGACAGUCAGAUUUGUCAAACGGAUGCUCACGCAACACUCGGGUACUGGCGCAAGACUAAAGUCCAGAAUUGGACGAACAACCAGAAGUUUCCGAUAGAGUUUUCCGACACAGGGGUGACAAUCCUGUCUGGGACAACUGAUCUCGUGAACUCGUCCAAAUUUCCGAGCCCACUGGCGACUUCGGGUAGACCCUUUGCCGAGAGGCUAAUCCAAGUAACGCUACCAGCUGUAAGUUCAACAGCUGGUACUUCUUCAAGACCUAAUGGAGGUAGCAGCUAUGUGGUGUAUGGUCGGUUUUGUUUGCUGAGCUCAGAACACAUCACCGGGAAACUGCCGCUGCUGUUUUAUGUUUUUAUAUUUAUUAUGUACAUGGUCAUGGUGGUGCUUGUGGUGUUUUUCUAUGGGAAAGUGGCCAGGGCCAUGUUCUCACUAACCUCCAAACAUUCCAAGAUGUUUUCAUUUUACACACACAAAAACUGCACGCCCUCGUCUAAUUCUGUGAACCCAGAUGUCAGUAUUGGACAGUUUCAGGUUGCUGGGUCAAAGGUCAAUGAGGAUGAGGUCACUUCUGCAGAUCAUCAGACUAAACAAAAAAGUUCUGUCGUAGUUAGCUCUACAAUUUUGGGCAAAGAAGACAACAAGGUGAGGACCAAUAGCCAUAUAAAAUCUAACAAUAGCCAAACAGGUAAGGAAAGAGAACAAAGGGGAGAUAAGAUAGCUACUGGGGAAAGGGGUCCCAGAGAAACUGGAUACGAAACAGGAGAUACAACUUCCAAUAGCGAGGCUAAAGCUGAAACACCUAACAUGGGUACAGAAAACAAAAACAAAGAAGAUGUCUCAACAGAAGUUUGUAGACACGGAAAUUCACAGACUAGGAGUAAAACAACAGAUUUACUCAGUAAUACAAAUACAAAUGUAGAUAAAAUAAAUAUGCGUCAAAAAGACAAUGAUUUACAAAAUACUCGUUCUCAAAAAGCACAUUCCUCUUAUGAUAUCGACCCAAAAAUACUAGUAAAGGAUAAAAGAAGACGGACAACGAUUACCAAAAACAACAACGAAACAAACAAAAUCCCGAAAAUAAAAAUUCAAAAAGCAGAUAGAGAAAAAUAUGACUCGGAUCAGGAGAUCAGCAAUAAACAGAAGCCACCCCUAGGGUCCUAUCCCCUCAACACAAACAGUUUAUUGAGAAGGAGAAUUCAAAGUGCGGAAAAUAUUCAUCACAUUUCUAGUCUUCAAAUGCUUCAAGUUCCAGAGGCACGACUCCGGAUGCCAUGGUUCCCCGACUUGUGUGAGCCGGGAAACUCCCUCAGCCUCUCUAAACAACAAUCUCGCCGAGACAACAUUUCCGGUAUCGGACACGUGACAGCAAGUAGCGUGAGUCUAGAUUAUACAGCAGACAGCUCAAACUCGACUUCCGUUGCAGAAAAGAUGUUGACGAUGACUAAAACGUCAUCCUUGGGGAAAACAAUGUGUGUUUUACCGCUCAGGGGUAUGACCACAAAAACCGCAACUCAGGCACAAAAACACAGACAUGCAUCUACGAUAGAGAACAUCACCACUUCACAGUCAUUUUUGAUUCAAGAUAAGAACUGUAAUGUCUCCAAAUCCGAUUCACGAUUGGACGUGGGCCAAAGAUGUGAUGAAGGAAAUCUUGCAGUCAGAGCCACCCCUUUAAUUCUAAAUUCCCCAGAUGGUCUAGAUUCUGUAGUUACACUUCGACAUCCUACCCCCAAAAGCGCCUCACUGCCAAACGAUUUCCAUAAACAACUCAAUUUUAACGUUUCCACCAGAACGCCAAGGAAGGAAGUCCCCAGCACGGCGGACAUCCUCCAAGAGCAACACAGAAAAGGCUCGCUGCAUCCUUUUAGAAUGAGCAGGAUGCUAUUUGUUAUCUCUCUUGUAUUUGUUAUCAGUUUUCUCCCCUUCUUUAUCAUUGCCUUGAUGAGGUCCUGUAUGGGGUUGUCGUUUAUGGCGUUGAAUGAGGUCCAGCUGGGGGUACUGAGCGUCUUCAUUCGAUCCUCCUUACUCAGCAAUGCAGUUAAUCCCGUGGCUUACGGUUUCUUGAGCACUCACUUCAGAAGAGAAUGCACCGGAAUCAUGUGUUGUGUUUUCCGUCGCUAG